AUAUAUAUAUAUAUAGAUAUAGAUAUAUAUUUUUUCUUGUAUCUAAUUUUCCAUUCAUCGAUCGUCCAUGGAAUCGCAGGUAUUUUUCGAUUAAUCAUAUCUAAGGAAGUCUAUUCACCGUAGUAUGUAAAUUGUUUAGAUUACGCUGAAGGAAAUGAGACAAUGAUAAUGGUCGAUUGAUAAAAUGCGGUUUCGUUUACAAGAAUUCAUUCAUUCAUAUAAUCGGCUGGCGAUUCGACGCUCGUUUAAAAGUUAAAAAUUCUUCCGAAUUUUCGCGCAAUUAUGUAUGUAUCUUUAUCGCCUCGUAACACAUAGUAUACAUAGUACGUAUAGUGUAACACGUGUAACAAAGUAGCAUAGUGGAAGAUAGGAAACAGAACGCGUUGAGCAAUCCGAUGUGCCAACUUCGACGUUGUAGCGUCAUUCUGAUUUACCAACAAAGCGAAUCACGUGCCGUGUGUAAUAGCCUACGUAACAGCUCGAGUACUAUUCUUCACCUUUUCAGGAGAUAAUAGAAAGUUUGAUACACGUACAUAUUUACUAUUCUACAUUCCUUCCAUUUCAUUCUACCGUAUCGUUGCUUAUCUUCUAUCGAGCCGGAUGAAGCUUUCGUAUGUUAUCGCUUCCUUCACUGGCCACCACUACGCUCUAGUUUUUCUUUUUGUAAUUCCCAGAAAAGUUGAUCGCGUUUGCAUUCCUCUGCUUGUUCUUGGUUCCCAACGAAACACGAGGCACAGACGUUUCUCAAGAGACUCGCCCAUCGCGUCUUUUUUUUUUCUUUUCUUUUUUCUUUCCUUUUUUUUCUCCCUCUCCUCGUGGAAAACAUUUUCUUGUUCUCUAAGCCAAAUGAUGCAUUGGAAACACGUGACUGGUCCGCUUAGGUGGUCUCGAGAUAGUGUUACAUGGUAACUGUUACGAAAUUUGAAAUUCGUCGCUGCUCUUCUUCUUACCUACGCACAGUUUUUAUCUUUUAGCUUCGUAUUUUUGUCCUGAUAUAGGUAAUCAACAAAGUAAUUAACGAUUGAGAAAGUUUGACUUUGUAAAGGAAACUUCGUGAUCGUUUCAUAUGAUGUAACGUUUGUCCCUCUGUGCCGUUCAGUUCUUUUUUUACCCGGUCUUAUCACAAAAGGAAGUUGAUAAAAAGAAUUUGAUGAAGACGGCGAAUGAAGUUGGCUAUGAAACUCCCUCCACAAAGAUGUCAUUUCGUCUGUAUUUAUAGCGUUGACAACUUUUCGAAGCAUCGUCUGUAGAAAAAAGGGUAGAAGUCAAAAUGUUGUGAUGGCUGGAACAUCUCGACGUCCGAGCUCAGAGCUCGGACCUGACCUGUCGUCUCCAACACCACCGAAGAAGUCCAAGUUCUCCGAGACUUCGAUCGAGGGAACAUCCGAGAAGGAGCAUGACUUGAGCACGGAAAAAUUGGAGAGCGUGGAGAAAUUAACGAGUACGAGUUCCUUGCCCAAGAACACGAUCGAAUUGAUACCAGGCAGCGAGUCGGAGACGAAUCCUUUCCAGAUCAGCGAGGAAUCUUUGGACAGCACCAAACAACUGAUCCAAACUAACUUGGAGGGGCCGGCGAACGUGACGGCUGGCUCCUCGAAGGAAGGACAGUUUGGUAGCUUUGAAACGAUCAUACAAAUGAAGUACAGUGGUCAGGAAGAACUGUCUGGUAGCUCUAGCAAGAGGUCAGAGUCGGAUAGCGAUGUACAAAUUCAGACUUCCUUACUCGGCGAGGAUGCAUCGUAUCAGGAAUUGUCUUUGAUCGGCAAUGGAGCUUACGGUACCGUUUACAAGGCCAAAGACUUGAAUACAGGACAAGUCGUAGCGCUAAAAAAAGUUAGGGUGCCGCUGACAGCAGAUGGACUACCCACGUCUACAUUAAGAGAAAUAGCUACCUUAAAACAGCUCGAAAGAUUCGAGCAUCCUCACAUUGUGAGACUGUUGGACGUUUGUCAAGGGAAUUAUCUACACUUGCCUUCCGCCGAUGGGAUGUCGGAGAGGCUAGAUCGAGGGUUGACUUUAUGGUUGGUGUUCGAACACGUAGAAAGGGAUUUAGCGUCUUACAUGUCCUCCUGUUCAGAGUCAGGUAUCCCGUCUCAUCUGCUGAAACAAAUGUCGCAGGAGAUACUGAGAGGAGUUGAAUUUUUACACAGUCACAGGAUCAUUCACAGGGAUUUGAAACCACAAAAUCUAUUGGUAUCCCGAGAGGGGAGAAUAAAGAUCGCAGAUUUUGGACUGGCGAAAACGUACGACUUUGAAAUGAGAUUGACUUCUGUGGUCGUGACGCAGUGGUAUCGCGCACCGGAAGUCCUCCUGGGCUGCUCUUAUGCCACCGCUGUUGAUAUUUGGUCUGUAGGGUGCAUAUUAGCAGAAUUGAGUAUACUCGAACCUCUUUUCCCAGGUACGAGCGAAGGCGAUCAACUUGAUAGGAUUUUCCGAACAAUUGGAACUCCGCCGUGUGAAGAAUGGCCAGAAAAUGUGUCCCUUAGUUGGACAGCUUUCCCUUAUAGGGUACCAAAACCUCUUGAGUCAAUAAUACCUGAUCUCAAUGAGCACGGAUUAGAUUUAAUUAAAAGUAUGCUUAUGUUUGAUCCUCAUAGACGAUUAACUGCAGCUCAGGCUCUCAGACAUCGGUAUUUCGCUGAAGACGACUCGUGAUGAUCAUUAUUUCUGAGUAUUUUUUUGUUUUUGGUAUCUUUAGUAAUUUUUGAAACGUAGACUGACGUUAGUAUAUCCAAAAGUAUGUAAGCGUAUUAUUUUUUUAAGGACAUCGUAGCAUUUUGUUUUUAAGCGGAUAGUAUAGUUUAUUACGAAUAUAGUACAAUAGGGAUUUUCGUAACUAUAUACGAUUUAUAAAUAUUCCUUUCUCAUUUAGAAAUUACAAUUGCAAAAUACGUUUACUACACUCUAUGAAGUGUAUUAUCAUCAUAUUUAAAUCAUACGACCAUUAGCUAACUUCGAGAAAUCGUCAUAGUUUAAUUAUACACAGUCGUUAAAUAAUUCAAGAAAGAAUCAUUUUUCUGAUUUAUUUAAACGACCGUAUAAUUUUCAUCGUUUAUGUAUCUAACAAUAACAUUGUUGACCUUAUUUAUUUAGGUAAUAUUUAAGAAGUAUUUUUAAUAUUACUAUUAGUUCUGUAAUAUCUAUGAAUUCAAUUAUGUCGACGUUCCAUUUUUUUGUAAGUAAAGUAGAAGAUACUUUCUUGCAAAAAUAAAUGGGAUUUACAUAUAUCACGCACACCAAAAAUGAUUUUGUGUAAUAAUUAAUUAGGUGUGCCUUCCAAAGUCGUUGGAACGUUCACAACCUAUGCCUUAAUUUUCUAUGUAAUUAAACUUAACUGUAAGUACAUACUAUUAAGUAACGUUAUUCUUAUAUAAGACUGGGGCCUACUGACCCGUUAGAUUUGUCGGAAAGACAUAGGAUCUCCCGUAAAAAAAAAACCAGAAAGUACACUGCCAUAUAUAUGUAAAGUUAAUAACGAAUAGGAGUUAAUAAUGUAUUUUAUCUCUAGUAUGUGUAUAAAUCUUAAUAUUAGGCGAAUAAUAUAUAUAUAUACAUGAUUAUGCAGUUUGUAAAAAUAUGUGAAAGACGCAUGAAAAGACUGUACAGUAAAAUAAAGAUUUUAUAGUUUUAUA